GACAAUAACCUCGCAAAGAUCCGAUUUCGACCAUUUCAGCCAGCAAUUGUUUCUUCUAAUCCAACGCGAAGAUAAAUAACGCGGCAAGAUCUCGCUCGCGGAGUUGACGGCGACUGUUUCGCACUCAUUCAUUCGCCUUUAGCUACUCGGCUAACGUCAGUGAGAGUUACCUGCUCUUCCAGUCGCUGGAUUUCGGCUUCAUUUUCCUUCUCGUCUUCUGAUGUGUCGUCCUCUUCGUCGUCCGAAUUGUCCACUCCCAUGCCCUCCUCGCCGUCGCUCUCCGAGUCCAUUCCCCGCUCGUCCAUCUCCGCCGCGUCGUCCUCUUCCAUAUCUUGCAAAUGCGUAGGCUCUGCGUUGCUCGCCGCCGCCAUGUUGGAAAGGCUGUCUGCCUGGUAACAAGCCCAAACAGCCCCGCUAGUCACGAGCUGUAAUAGUAACCUCUGGCCGCUAGUGGGCGCCCCGACCUCAUCUUCCUGUUCUCCUUCGGUGUUUAUCAACAAACAGGCUGCGCUCGUGUUCGCUCGUACAUUUCCGGAAGUGGUCGGUUUGUGAACAUGGCGAUGGCCUUACGAAAGUCUGCGUUGUUGUUCGACACAAGGUUGCUGCGCCCGGAGCUAAAAAUCCUCUGCUCCUAUCACAAGAAGGUUGUGGACCACUACGAAAACCCAAGAAAUGUGGGGUCUUUGGAUAAAAACGCCAAGAAUGUGGGCACUGGUUUAGUGGGUGCACCAGCCUGUGGCGACGUCAUGAAGCUCCAGGUUGAAGUGGAUGAAAACGGUAAGAUUGUGGACGCCAAGUUCAAGACAUUUGGCUGCGGAUCAGCCAUUGCUUCCAGCUCUCUGGCAACUGAGUGGGUGAAAGGGAAGUCGAUCGAUGAAGCUUUGAGGAUCAAGAACACAGACAUUGCAAAAGAACUCUGCCUUCCACCUGUCAAGCUUCAUUGUUCCAUGCUUGCAGAAGACGCCAUAAGAGCAGCCCUGUCGGACUACAGAGUGAAACAGAACAAGGAGGAGCAAGGUGUCAAAGCCAGCAGUUAAUUUCCCAUCGCUAAAUAUUCACAAUGGGUCGGUGUACCUCAGGGAUGUGUCGUGUAUGUUGUUACAGGACUGUACAAAAAGCAUUCUUUCUUGGAGAUGAUGGAUCAUUCCCUCAUGUUUUUCCUCUGCUAAUAAUGUAACAAGCCUAUUCCUCAAUAAAAUAUUUGCAUUUAUGAUGCUGGAAUAGUAACCUUAGCAUCAAAAUAAUAUAUUGCUGUAUCUCAAUUCUUUUCACAUUUGCGAUAGAUCUUGUAUGAUGGAGAUUUUGCAACUGGAAAUUAAAGGUCAAUAUCACAAUAA